UUCCAUCAGAAAAGGGCGCGUAUUUUAUUGCAACUUGUUUAUCAUAGCGAAUAACUUUUGAAAUGGCUCUCUGGGUUGAUAAAUAUAGGCCUCGUGAAUUAACAAAACUUGACUACCACAAGGAGCAAGCGGAAGACCUUCGCAACCUUUGCAAACAAACAGACUUUCCUCACCUAAUGUUCUAUGGCCCAUCCGGGUCCGGAAAGAAGACGCGUAUAAUGUGCUUGUUGCGUGAAAUGUACGGAGCCGGCGUGGAGCGCUUGCGAAACGAGAAUAUGAGCUUCACAACAACAUCAGGCCGCAAAAUAGAAGUUAUGACUGUUAGCAGCAACUACCACUUGGAGCUAAAUCCCUCGGAUGCGGGCAUUUAUGAUCGCACGGUUGUCAUAGAUCUUAUUAAACAAGUGGCACAGACGCAACAAAUUGACAUUACUGGUCAGCGAGAGUUUAAAGUUAUUGUCAUCUCUGAAGGGGAUGAGUUGACAAAGGAUGCCCAACACGCUUUGCGUCGAACUAUGGAAAAGUACGUGGCAACUUGUCGAAUAAUAUUAUCAGUAAACUCCACGUCACGGAUAAUUCCGGCCAUACGUUCACGUUGUCUGGGUGUACGCAUUUCUGCGCCCACUGAAGCCGAAAUAACGACAAUUUUGCAAAACACUUGUAAGCGGGAAGGCUUGUCAUUGCCAAAUGAGUUAGCUAAACGUGUGGCUUUAAAAUCAGAGCGAAAUUUAAGGCGCGCAUUGCUCAUGCUUGAAGCAUCUAAGGUACAGCAGUAUCCUUUCACAGCACAACAGGAGAUACCACAGCUGGACUGGCAAUCAUUCCUCCAUGAAACAGCCAACCAAAUUCUAAGUGAACAAACGCCAGCGAAGCUUGAGAAGAUUCGAGAGAGACUUUACGAGCUGUUGGCCCAAGGCGUACCACCAAACCUUAUCUUUCGAGGACUUGUGCAGCAACUGGUGUGCAAUUGCGAUAUGUCGCUCAAGGCCAACACGCUCAAGUUUGCUGCGCUCUACGAACAUCGAAUGCAAAAUGGAGCCAAACAUAUAUUUCACCUGGAAGCCUUUGUGGCUCAGUUUAUGAACAUAUACAAGCAGUUUGUCUCAGAACUCAUCAUGACUGAUGAUUUUUAACAUAAUAAAAUUUAUUUAGGCAUACACAAAUAAAAAUAAUGGAAAAUAAUUAGCAUACUUGCAGAUUUUCGCGGUUUUGCAAUAUAGCUAGUUUUAUCUUGUCA